AGAAUUUAAAUUCAAAAUCACACAACGCGCCGCAUCAUGACCUUCUACUGGUGGUCCCAUUGGUUCUGGAUAACAUUGCUAAGCAAUAUCCUAUUAUUCAUUACAAUUGUACACACAUAUCCAAGUCAAGAAAUUUCAUUAGAUUACAAUCAGAAUACCGGGGCACAGAAGACAGUCACCAAACUCUAUCAGACUACCGCAAUAUUGACAUGGGCGACCGCAACACCGUCACAAGAUAAAAAUCUGGAACAUACCACAACUCCACAGAAAACUGUAUUACAGAAUGUAACACCUUCCAUAAGAAGUGUGGAAACCUUAUUGAGCACAGAAGAUGAGACACAGAAUAAAAUAGUAGAUAAAAUCGAUUUAGAGAUCGAUGAUGAACCAAGUAAUCCAGAUAAAACUGAUAUUGAAGAUAUAACUAUGGAUGACGAUGUGGAUGCAGAAUCUGGUGAUUAUAAUAAUGGUGAUGCAUUUAAACGUUCCGCUGAAAUACAAAACAAAACAAAAGAUCUGCCAGUAGAGGAGACUAAAAGUGCAGACGACAGUAAAAAGCAGACAACAAAUAAUUUUGUCAAAGUAAAACUGCAACGUGAUGAGGCGCCUUCAUUGCUCAAUAACUACACAAAUUUCAGUAGUGCAAUAAGCACAAACAAUAAAAACAAUGCCACAUUAGAAAAUCUAGCCAAUGUGUCAAUAUCGCAACCUACAGUUGCUACUCAAGCUACUCCAGAUGCUGAUGCAGCAUCAAAACAACACGACAGUGAGAGUUCACAUUCCACGAUUGUGCAAUGGUUCAAUGUUAUGACGGCACAACUACCACCCACACUAGCCACCGCCAACAUCAAUGAGGUAACUGUGACCACAGCACAGAAGGUGGCACCUUUUACUUUAGAGAAUGCCAAUCGAGAAGAUGAGCUGCGUCGCGCUGAAACAGAACAUCGUUCACGUAAAUCAAAAGUGUUGUCAGCAGAGUAUAGAUACAAUAAUCGUUAUAUCAACUACUCAAGUGACUCAAAGAGUUUGUUGGCACGUUCAGCAUCAACGGCACCAAGUGAUUUCGAUGCUGAGGAAAGUAAUAUAUCCUCUGAAGCUUUAGCUAUACAGCGUACUUAUUUCCUAGAUGCUGGUGCAAUAUCAGCAAUCUGUUUUACGGUGUUUGGUGUUUGCUGUACAAUCGGUACCAUCGGCAUAGUGCUCUAUCGUCGUCGAUAUUUGAAUAAACCACAGGCGCUAAGUGAACCUGAUUCAAGUGUCUAUAUCGAUGAUAGCACAAUGCGUGUAAGUGAUAACUCGGAUGAGAUGUACAGCUUAGAUAAUGAUUCGUUUUUGAAUUCAUUGGAAGCGAUGACAAUACAAAAUUAUUGGACGGAUACCGUUAAACAUACAAAGCUUUAAUUUUUUUUAUAUAUAUUUU